GCGAGCAGGGGCUUAACAAGUCAAACGGCCCCGGCCGGCGAUCUUCCGCCUCCCUGAACCUCGCAUCGUCACUCAUCAGUCAUCACACCCCGAUCGACCCUUCCGAAGCCUGCGCCAACGACGACGACGAUGCGUCCACGCGCGCAGCAUCUCGCCGCGCUCCUCCUCCUCCUCCUCGCCGUCGCCGUCGACACCGUCUCCUCCCGCCGCCACCAUCAUGCCCCGGCGGGCGCCCCGCACGGCGUCGUCGCCCCCUCACAGCACCUGUUGCCGUGCCUGGAGGAGCUUCUGCCGUGCACGGCGUACCUCAAGACCACCAAGCACCCCUCGUCCACGUGCUGCACGGCCAUGCACACCGCCGCGGCCGCCGAGAUGCCGUGCCUGUGCCGCCUCUUCGCCGACCCGGAGCUGCUCGCCACCUUCAACGUCACCAAGGAGCAGAUGUUCAAGCUCCCCGCCCGCUGCAACCUCCCCGUCGGCUGCCGCACCGGCACCUCCCCCCACGAGCCUGUCGUGGAAGCGCCGCCGCCGCCAGUCCCGGAGCAGCAGCACCACCACCAUCACGGUGCGUCGUCGAGGAGGGACGAGUUCAGGAGCAUCUGGAGCCUGGUCGCGUCCUUGGUUUUGGGCCAGAUGGUCCCCAUGGCUGCACUGUUUUAGUUUAGGCUGUUUUGGAUCAUGUCGAGGCGCCUGUUCCUGAAUUUUUCCUCUUAGUUUUUAGCGUUGUCAUAUCGGGAUGUUUUAUCGCCUCACCAGUUAGCUGUAAUGGAGACAGCGACAGAAUCUAUUUCAGAUGUACUAGUGAUAGAUAGGGAAUUGCACUAUGCAUGAGGGAUGCUUGUUAAUACAGUAUUAACUGAACAGAAUUAAUGGAUGACGAAACACUAGCUCAUUCUUCUCACUCAGCUCAGCGAUGACAAUGCAGAUCAGAUGUAAAUAAAAAUGCUUGAUGAUUAUCAGACUAGUAUAGAGGUAGAAACUGAGAAAAUAAUUUCAGGUUUCAUCUAUCAAUAUGUUUCUG